UUCUCAUUCUGCGCCCCGUAACAGGGGGAGGAGUUGACAGACAAUCCCUUAACAAUUGAAGCUCCUGCGAACGCUAUUGGCCAGCGCGGAAAAUGGAUACCAGGCAACCGCCAGCCAAUCACAUGCCGGAGAUCUGUUUAAAGGGCUGAGGUCCCCCAGGGAGAAAGUGUGUGCCUUCUGCCCUAGAACCAUGCCAGUCCUUUCCACCACUCACCAACUCCCGCUCUCUGUGCAAUGGGAUCGCAAUCGGGAGGAUGACAGCCUCACCAACCUCCAGUGGCUACAGGACUUCUCCAUCUUGAGCACAGACUUGUCUUCCAUCGCCAACAGUCGCCCCCCUGUUCCCCGUGCCUCUCAGGGACCAAGUAGCCCACCAGCGGGUGAUACUGCUUCUUGCCAGGCUCCUCGAACUGGAAAACAGAGAGUUACAGUUCCCACCACCUGGGCCUCCCUGCCAACUCCAUCCCCCAGUCCUGUACAGGAGGUGGAUUAUAGAACCAAUGCUAAUGUCAAGCCACCAUAUUCCUAUGCCACCCUCAUCUGCAUGGCCAUGGAAGCCAGCCAGCAACGGAAACUCACCCUAUCAGCCAUAUACAACUGGAUCACACAGAACUUCUGCUAUUAUCGGCAUGCUGACCCAAGCUGGCAGAACUCGAUCCGUCACAACCUCUCCCUGAACAAGUGCUUCAUGAAAGUCCCGAGGGGCAAAGACGAGCCAGGCAAAGGCGGAUUCUGGCAGAUGGAUCCUCGCUAUGCUGACAUGUUUGUCAAUGGGGUGCUGAAAAGGAGAAGAAUGCCUUCCUCGCACCUAGACCCACCACGCUGUAACAAGGCCAUAGGCCACCAUCCUUAUCUACCAGUUUCAAGGCCCAGCAGCCAUCACAUGCAGCAUGUAUCCGGUGGUCACAGGCAGUCUCGCCGGUACGAGAAGCCCAAUCCUGUCCUGCCGGCACUAAGAGCCCCAGAACGACAAGGGGACGGCCUGUUCACUCCUGAAGACCCCCUGCAAGGGAGCAACUUUGAUGAUCUGGAUUUACAAUCAGCUUUAAUAUCCAUGUGCUGGGAAGGAGAUCUGGCGGCUUCUAAUCUUAAUAGCACCCUUACAGGCACCUCAGGAAUGGACAUGAAUCAGCAGGAUCCUCCCAUGCAAGACAACCACUGGUACCUCUCCACUGAAGGGCAGCAGACCUGGGAGCAGGUAAAGGAAGAACCUGUGGUGGAGCAGUGGUACAGUGAAACUGGUUUUGUGGAAGAUGUGCUUUAUGAGUGUCCGCCUUGGGAACGAGUGGAGACCUUGUUAUGACCUAAGACUUAUUUAUAGCUUUGUUAGCAGAGACAGAAGUCAUAACCAAAGGGGUGAGAAACCGUCAUCAAUCAUUUUAUCUCUCUGAACUCUUGUUUGAAGAGCUGCCAACCUCCAAACUGCAAAAGAAAGACAGAGAUUGGUGCUCCGGACAACUAUAAGAACAUAACAUGAUGUAUGGAUCCAAUAAGUCCUUGUAGACUAUGCUGUGGACUUUGUUGCCAUCCAUUUCUCUGUGCAGAGAGUCCUUAGCCAUAUGACACCUAUAGAGCUUCUCUGCCACUUUUUUGUGGAAUACCAAACCCUUUCCUGUUCCAGGCCUUGGACUUGAUGGAAAAUGGUCACUGCAAGGUUGUGAGAAACUGUGGAGAGAAGAAUAUUGAAAGAUAAAUCUUUAUUGUAACUGGCAGAGAAUAUAGAUAUUUUUUACAGAUAUUUUCCAACAAAUAGGGAAUAAUUUUCUGGUGAUAAAUGUGCCGCAGUGCCUUUACUUUCAGGAUGCUGGGUGCUUUGAAGUUAAAAGACAAAGGGAAUAAACUGCUGCAGAACACCAUGCCUCCAUUAUAGGGCACUUGAGACUUUGGCUGCAGGCGGGGUUGUGUUAUAAAUUACAGGACUGGUAACCUGCCUGCACACGUUGCCUUAUUGUGAGUGGUUAGCCUAAAUGUGUAUGGCAUGAUAAGGGGAAUACAAAUUUCCAAUUUGA